CGGAGAGGAUAGAUAUCAUGACCAUGAGCAUCGAUUGUUGACGUUGAUGGAAGCGCUAUCGAUGGGAAACGCGUCUGCCUUUUGCGUUGGCGCUGUCUCUGUUUUCCGACCAGAAAUACUCUUCGUCGCUUUCCGCCCAUCGGCUCUUCAGACUCACACUCUCAGCACAUAUUCACCAUGCAUCUGUCCGCCGUCCGUGCUCUGCAACGCCGUGCGUCCGCCGCCCGCCCAACGCUGCCAACGGCGGCCUUUGCGACCGCCCCAUCUCGGGUCAGGCUCGCCGCGGGUCGCCCAACAACAGCUCCCAGGACUAGGGCCUACCACCUCGCAACCGCGCCGUCUACUCGCCCUCGUCAGCGUGCGACUACCAAUGGCUCGUUUCCCGUUGCUCAACGAGGUUAUGCCUCUAGAUCAUACCCCUCGCACACUCUCAUCAACAUGCCAGCGCUCUCCCCAACAAUGACCUCCGGCAACCUCGGCCAGUGGAACAAGAAGGUCGGGGACGAAAUCCAGCCCGGUGAUGUCCUUGUGGAAGUCGAGACAGACAAGGCUACCAUGGAUUUCGAAAACCAGGAUGAGGGGUUCAUCGCAAAGAUUUUCGUGGAGUCUGGCACUAAGGAUGUCGCGGUCAACAAGCCCAUUGCGAUUCUCGUGGAGAACAAGGAGGAUGUGGAGAAGUUCGCAGACUACAAGCUAGAGGAUAACGCCGCACCCGCAUCUGCUCCUGCUGCCGAGGAGAAGCCCGUGGAGAAGGCGCCGGAGGAGAAGCCCGAGAAGAAGGAGGAGCCUCAGAAGGAGGAACCUAAAAAGGAGGAUGCCAAGCAGGCGGCACCCAAAUCUGGAGCCUCUCAGAAGCCAGCGCCAAAACCCGCGCCCGCCCCCGCACCGGCACCAGGAGCCGCCUACACCGACAUCCCAUUAUCGAAUGUUCGCAAGGUGAUUGCCGGUCGUCUGGCGGAAUCUAAGCAACAAAUACCACACUACUACCUCACACAAGAAAUCAACGCUGACAAAAUCUACAAACUCCGCGAGGUUCUGAACAGUGAAGCCAAGGGCAAGUUCAAGCUUUCCGUGAACGACUUUGUCAUCCGCGCAUCCGCUCUGGCGCUGAAGGCCGUUCCGGAGGUCAACAGCGCAUGGCAAGGCACUUCCAUCAGGCAGUUCAACAACGCCGAUAUUGCUGUUGCCGUCGCUACUGAGUCCGGCCUGAUCACCCCCAUCGUCCACCAAGCGGACGCCAUCGGCCUCUCCCAAAUCUCCACCAACGUCAAAACGCUCGCCGAGAAAGCCCGCGCCAACAAACUCCAACCCCACGAAUACCAAGGCGGCACCUUCACCAUCUCCAACCUUGGCAUGUACGGCAUCUCCCACUUCACCGCCAUCAUCAACCCACCGCACUCGGGCAUCCUCGCCGUCGGCGGGGUGCAGGACAAGUUGGUAAUCGAUGACGCGGCUGAGAAGGGCGUCCGUAACUCGAAGGUGAUGAACGUCACCCUGAGCUGUGAUCACCGUGUUGUGGAUGGUGCGGUUGGGGCAAAGUGGUUGGGUGUCUUUAAGGGUUUGCUUGAGAACCCUUUGACGAUGCUGCUUUGAAGUGGGUAGCACAUCCGCGGAAAGCUCCAUUCAGAUGGACUGGUGUACACAUUCGAGCGGAAAUCGCUCGAACACGACAUAGGACCGCCUGAUUUGCGCCGCGGACUGGUUUCAUAGUUUUCCCUUUCAUUCAUCUGCUACUCCAUGUAUCUUCAUUGAAUCAUCUUCCUGUCCCCGUCCCUGUGCUUUUCUGUU